AGCUGUACGCAGCAAGAAGAAGAAGAAGAAGAAGGUUGAUACUCUGACAACGCUGUCACGUUAUCUAGCGGAAAAAGAGGAGGCACGUACCCCUUCCCCUCGGACUUCGCCACCUCUCCUCCAGGUGCAACGUACCUGUCCCCGACUGUUGAAGACAGCGAGGUUACCGGAGCCGCUAUCAACCACGAAGCUCGUGCUGUUGACCAGUUCAUGGCUUCUAUCUUGUCCGAGCAUAGACUCGGUCAUGGCAGAUAAGCUGCACUCUUCUUCUUCGUCUUCAUCUCACCUCACCGAUCUGUUGGAGUCAACUGUCACAGACAUCCCUAGCUAAACACAUGAUAGUUGUAGUAAAUGGUGUGUAUGAGAGUGAGAGAGAGUGAGAGAGAGAGAGAGAGAGGAUAGGAAGCUUCCCUCCGGCAAUCUGACUUUGUAGAGCGCCUCAGAGUAAAUGCACUUGGACUCUCCGUGCAGCCAAGUUGGGUCAGCGGGUCACGACGGCAGCUAUCUUGUGCAUAAAUAUGUGUCCAAUGGUUGGAGAAGAAACACCAUGUGACCCUUGUCUUUGCCUCCCAAUUCUGGAAGACGAGGAGCCAAGGAGGAGAAGGCAUAGAAAGAGAUGAGUACACCAACAUGCAGCGAAGAGGUUGGCGUGAAGAAAGGCCCUUGGACACCGGAGGAGGACAUAAGCCUGGUCUCCUACAUCCAAGAGCAUGGUCCUGGAAACUGGAGGGCUGUUCCGGCCAAUACUGGUGAUCUAGGAUGCUUAUGGUGUUCAUCCAGUAUUAGUUUGGUUCAACUACUGACAUGUCCUUGUGUUCUCUGUCUUCCAGGGUUAAUGCGAUGUAGCAAGAGCUGCAGGCUCCGCUGGACAAACUACCUUAGGCCAGGGAUCAAGCGCGGCAACUUCACCGAUCAGGAAAACAGAAUCAUAAUCCACCUCCAAGCUCUUCUAGGCAAUAGAUGGGCAGCCAUUGCCUCUUAUCUCCCUCAAAGAACAGACAACGAUAUCAAGAAUCACUGGAACACCCACCUGAAGAAGAAGCUCAGGAAGGUCGAAGCCGACGGGAACGGCCCGAAGCCAUCCAUCUCCCGGGGGAAGUGGGAGAGGAGUCUGCAGACUGACAUCCACAAGGCAAGGCGAGCUCUGUGCGAGGCCCUGUUGAUCGAGAAGCCAGCGGAUUGCGCGUCGGAUGACUCGAGCAGGACGGCGUACGCGUCGAGCGCCGAGAACAUCUCCCGGCUUCUCGAAGGCCGGACCGGGAAUCCAGCCGGGGCUACCGGCGCAGCCGACGGGGCGUCGACGACGACACAGGCCGAUUCGGCCUCAUCGAGCCAAGGAACGGCCAACACAUCGAACUCCGUCGUGUCACGGCAGCCAUCAUCUUAUCAAACGCCAUUUUCGCUGUUGGAGUCGUGGUUGUUUGAUGAGACUGUUGCGCAAGGGUCAGAGAACCAUGGCAACGGACGAUGCUGGUGGUGAUCGGUUGUAGGUGCUCAUGCAGCCCAAAAACUGUAUAUGAGGUAGCUCGAUUGUAAAGUAUACUGUCUCCAAUGGUAUGGGAGAAGAAGGUAUUGUAUUCUAUGGCAGAAGACUGUUACCUGUGAUCAAUCAUCUUAAAUGGAGAGAUCAUCUUGGUUCU